UGCAUGUGUUCGUGCAUGCGUGAGUUUGCCCUGGGAACAAGCGAAGGCGGAGGAACAGAACAGCACCAGAAUGUUGGCUACACCGUAAGGCAUUUUCUCCCUGGGCUCUGGCUCAACCUCUUCAUAAAAGCCCAGGGAGAAGGAGGUGGAGAUUCCCCAACCACAGAGGGAGGGUUUCCUGCGCCUCUGACAGGGGCGCCCUUCUCUAUUAGGGAGUGGGAGCCUCAUCGGGAAGGCUGGGAAAUCAUGCUCUUCAUCUGGGCUCUGCAUUUGGCUUUAGUGCUCCAGGGAGGCUUCUCUGCUGCAGUACAACCAUUCAGAUCUUCCCCUGGGAAUGCAGAUAAGAGGAUGAAAUGGUGCGAUGAACACAAAGCUUUCCAUGAUCGCCUAGACAUUGUGGAAGAGACCCUGGACAAGACUGUGGAACACCUGGAGUCUGAAGUAAAGAACCUGCUUAACCUGAUGAAUGCGAUAGCCUGGAACUUGCCCCCAGAGCCUGGGAGCCCCACGGAGAACUUCUUAGGAGACGGAGGAAAACUAGACAUGACUGGAUCUUGCCGUCUCUUCAGCUUUGCUGAUGAGCAAGGGAAGCUCCCGGCAGACAAGGAAGAGGAUGCAGGGGGAGGGGAGAUGUGAAUCCCUAUGAGCACCAAGACGAUUUGGGGCUGAAGGCAGCAGUGGCUCCACGGCAUUUUGGAUAACUCACCCCCCAAGUGUUUUCAUCCACUUGGACAUAUGUUAGAAAAGGUUGCUGUGUAAUAAAUGUGUCUCGUACUGUGAA